AUGGAUCAACUGGUGAUCACAACAUUAGCUCUCAGUGCUGAAUAUAACUUGACUAUUAAAGCACCGAUACCAGCACACGAUCCCGUAACCAAUACUACUUUUCCGUCACCUAAGGGUCCCAGACCCGUCAAGGGUCACAGACCCGUCAAGGGUCACAGACCCGUCAAGGGUCACAGACCCGUCAAGGGUCACAGACCCGUCAAGGGUCACAGACCCGUCAAGGGUCACAGACCCGUCAAGGGUCACAGACCCGUCAAGGGUCACAGACCCGUCAAGGGUCACAGACCCGUCAAGGGUCACAGACCCGUCAAGGGUCACAGACCCGUCAAGGGUCACAGACCCGUCAAGGGUCACAGACCCGUCAAGGGUCACAGACCCGUCAAGGGUCACAGAUCCGUCAAGGGUCACAGACCCGUCAAGGGUCAUAGAUCCGUCAAGGGUCACAAACCCGUCAAGGGUCACAGACCCGUCAAGGGUCACAGACCCGUCAAGGGUCACAGACCCGGAGUUCUCAUAAUAAAAAUAUUUACUUACGUAAUAGUUGUUUAA